AUGGCCACUCCUGCCCGUACCUUUCUCGCCUAUCAGCAUGAUGCGCAUCUCCACACUCUCGAAACAGUGGUGACAGCAGUGCACCCAUUCACCUCUCUGGGGGAAUCAGACCGCCAGCUCUUCAAAGAUGGCACAGAAAACCACCAUGCGGUCAUCACAGAGAAGACAAUCUUCCAUCCGCAAGGCGGCGGCCAGCCCUCCGACACCGGCGUGAUAAAAGGACCCGCCGGAACUUUCACCGUCACGGCAGUGCGCAUGACAAACGACGGCCAGGUACUCCAUCUAGGCCAAUUCGAAAGCUCAACCUUCAGCCCGGGCGAGAUUGUCAACCAGGAAAUUGACGUCGACAAGCGUCUACUCUUCUCCCGUCUCCACACAGCGGGGCAUGUCCUCGGCGCGGCAGUCCGGCAUCUCCUGGAGAAGGAAAUCGAGAAUUUCGAUGAGCUGAAAGCGUCGCAUUUCCCGGAUUCGGCGGCUUGUGAGUUUCAGGGUGCUAUUGAGGGCAAGUGGAAGGACGAGAUUCAGAAAAGGUUGGAUGAGUAUAUUGCAGCUAAGAUGCCGGUUCAAGUGGAGUGGUGGGAUGAAGAUGAUUUCAAGGCGAAGGGAUUGGAAAGGUUGAUUCCUGACCGUAGUCUGGUGCCGCCUGGUGAGAAGUCGCGCGUUGUGAAUAUUGUUGGAGCGGAGGUUUAUCCUUGUGGAGGGACACAUGUUGAUACGACGGAUUUGUGUGGUCAGACUAGUGUCAAGAAGAUUUCGAGGAAGUCCGGGAAUUCGAGGGUUAGUUAUGUGGUCAAAUGA